CUGCUUCUCCACUGUUGCUGUCGCGGACGUAGGAGUACAUACCUGAAAGCUUACGCGGCCCUGGGUUGUGAGAUGCCGGGCGGCGGCCACUGCCCCGAUUGCGGGUCCACUGAGCUCGUGGAAGACUCGCACUAUUCGCAGAGCCAGCUGGUGUGCUCAGACUGUGGCUGCGUGGUCACCGAGGGGGUCCUUACUACCACCUUCAGCGACGAAGGCAACCUCCGAGAAGUAACUUAUUCCCGAAGCACAGGGGAAAACGAACAAGUUAGUCGCAGCCAGCAACGAGGUCUCCGCCGAGUGAGAGACCUCUGCCGAGUCCUGCAGUUGCCAUCGACAUUUGAGGACACAGCAGUUGCCUACUACCAGCAGGCCUACCGGCACUCUGGAAUCCGUGCUGCCAGGCUGCAGAAGAAGGAGGUGUUAGUUGGGUGCUGUGUCUUAAUCACCUGCCGGCAGCAUAACUGGCCCCUCACCAUGGGAACCAUCUGCACCCUGUUGUAUGCAGAUCUGGAUGUGUUUUCUGGCACCUACAUGCAGAUAGUGAAGCUCCUGGGGCUGGAUGUGCCAUCUCUGUGCUUGGCAGACCUGGUGAAGACUUACUGCAGCAGCUUCAGACUGUUCCAAGCUUCCCCAUCCGUGCCAGCCAAAUACGUGGAAGACAAAGAGAAGAUGGUGUCGCGCACACUGCAGUUGGUGGAGCUGGCGGAUGAGACGUGGCUGGUGACCGGGCGGCAUCCCUUGCCUGUCAUCACUGCUGCUACCUUCCUGGCUUGGCAGUCGCUGCAGCCUUCAGAGCGUCUGACGUGCUCCCUUGCCCGGUUUUGUAAGUUGGCAAAUGUGGACCUACCCUGCCCUGCUUCCUCCCGCCUGCAGGAGCUGCUGGCUGUGCUGCUGCGGAUGGCUGAGCAGCUGGCCUGGCUGCAGGUGCUGAGGCUCGACAAACGGUCUGUGGUGAAGCACAUCGGCGACCUCCUGCAGCACCGCCACACGUUGGUCCGCAAGGCCUUUCGAGACGGACCGGCAGAGUCGGAAGCUGGGGAGGAGGAGCAGCAGGGACGGGGCCAGGGGCCAGGGCAGGGAAAAGAGGAGGUGGCGAGUAGUUCCUUAGAUCUGCCCAAGGGCAAGCGGCCAGCCAGUCCUGCCCUUCUCCUCCCACCUUGCAUGCUGAAGCCCCCAAAGCGGGUCUGUCCCCCACCCCCUAUCUCCACGGCCACUGGAGACGAGGAUAUUUCUGACAGUGAAAUAGAGCAGUAUUUGCGUACCCCUCAGGAAGUUAGGGACUUUCAGAAAGCUCAAGCUGCAAGACAGGCUGCCACGGGGGUUUCUAACCCUCCCUGAUGUGCAUCCGAGGGAGCACUCCCACCAUUUGGACAGCAGUUUGAUCAUAGGCCUGU